AUGUCCUCAAAAUUGUAUAAUGUAGAAAAACAUCCAUCGUCGCCUGGACUUUUCUCAUUUCCAUCGCAAAACAAACUUCUUUCCUGGUCUGCUAAUUUACACACUCAAAAGAAACUUCAAUUGGAGCAAAGUCAAGAUGGGAAAAUCAAAAAUGGUAACAAUUCAUGUGAAGGAAGCGCGGCUUCCAGAAAAAAUCAGCAAACAGCGCUUGGAUUGACUUGUGUUGUGUGUGGUGAUACCAGUAGUGGAAAGCAUUAUGGAAUAUUAGCAUGUAAUGGAUGUUCAGGAUUUUUCAAGAGAAGUGUGAGAAGAAAAUUAAUUUACAGAUGUCAAGCUGGAACAGGUCGCUGCAUCGUCGAUAAAGCGCAUCGAAAUCAGUGUCAAGCGUGUCGUUUAAAGAAAUGCAUGACGAUGGGAAUGAACAAAGAUGCUGUUCAAAAUGAACGCCAACCCCGGAAUACGGCAACGAUCAAACCGGAAUCAUUGAGAGAAAUGGAUCAGACGAAAGUUCUCCGUGAACACAGCAGUCUUGUGGGAAUUUUCGGUCCACAGUUCACAAACUCGAUGUCGCUUUCAAUGCUUUCCCCACCACGCUACGGGCAUGCGGAUCUUCUGACGCCACCAGCUCUCGCAGCUUCUCAAUUUCUUCAUCAUACUCAACUGAGUGCGAUGCCACAUCAUCAACAUUCACUCGCAAAUGCUUAUUACACUCCAGAUUAUCAACUUCUUUCGUUGAAUAAUUCAUCCAACAAUAAUUCAAUAUCUUCGAACAGUCCAAAUUGUGGACUUUCAUCUACGACAAAAACUGAGGAAAUAAACAACACACAGAAAUCAUCAUCUGUAGGUUCAGCUUCACCAAAUCAUCUUAUUGAAAAUGAUGAUGAUUCCAUUGAGAUUGAAGUGACGACAAAUGAUGGAGAAAACGAAAAUGGCGAUUGUGAGAAAAACAUUAUGGUCCCCAAUUUUGUUAAUCCUUCGUUGUAUGGACAUACACAAGAAACAGUUUAUGAAACGAGCGCUCGUCUGCUUUUCAUGGCUGUUAAAUGGGCAAAGAAUCUUCCAAGUUUUGCUAGUCUUGCCUUCCGUGAUCAAGUGAUUUUGCUUGAAGAAUCAUGGUCAGCUUUAUUCUUGUUAAAUGCCAUACAAUGGUGCUUACCACUUGAACCAUCAAGUUGUUCUUUGUUCUCAGUCUCUGAACAUUGCAGUAACAACAAUAACAAUAAUAACAAUUCAUCGCCUGAAAAUAAACAAGAUAAGAUUGCACAAGAUAUUCGAACACUUCAUGACACACUCUGUCGCUUCAAAUCGAUUCUUGUUGAUCCCGCUGAGUUUGCAUGUCUCAAGGCAAUUGUUUUGUUUCGUUCUGAAGCCAAAGGAUUGAAAGAUGCGACACAAAUUGAAAAUUUACAAGACCAAGCACAGGUGAUGCUUGCUCAACAUUGUCGUGCACAGUUUCCAACGCAAAUUGCUCGUUUUGGUCGCCUGUUGUUGAUGUUACCCCUGCUAAGACUCGUAAACUCAACAAGAAUUGAGUCAAUUUACUUCCAUAAGACCAUCGGCAACACCCAAAUGGAAAAAGUUCUCUGUGAUAUGUAUAAAAAUUGA